AUGUUGAGUUGGAACUGUCGUGGUCUGGGGCCUACACGAAAUGUUCAGUUCCUUAAAGAGCUUGUUGCUCAAGAAAGGCCUAAGGUAAUAUUUUUGUGUGAAACUUUAUGUAAUAAGGAGAAACUUGAAUUAUUAUGUAGAAGUUUGGAGUAUGAAGGUUGUUUUGUUGUUGAAGCUAAUGGUAGGAGUGAGGGACUGGCGUUGUUUUGGAAGAAUGAAGAGGAGGUUAAUGUUGAUUCUUUCUUUACAAAUCACAUUGAUAGCUUGGUUCAGUUUGAAGGGUAUGGGAAGUUUCGUUUUACUGGGUUGUAUGGUGAGCCCAAUCGUAGCUUAAGGAGGAAUACUUGGAAACUUUUAUGGACUUUAUAUGCUCGAUCAAAAGAGGUUUGGUGUAUCAUGGGUGAUUUUAAUAAUGUUCUCCACAAUAGUGAAAAGAUUGGGGGUAAUCCUUAUCCAACUUGGCUAAUUGAAGGCUUCAAAGAGGUGACUCAACAAUGUGGUUUAAUUGAUCUUGAAAUGAAUGGCCAUCCAUUUACAUGGGAAAAGAGUAGAGAUACUCCCCAAUGGAUUGAAGCGAAGCUUGAUCGUACAAUGGUUAAUCAUGACUGGUUAAUUAAGUUUCCUGACGCCAAGUUAUUCAACACGGAGGUUUCUCCCUCUGAUCAUAGCCCUUUAUUUUUGGAUAUGGAGCAUCAAGUGGCUGUUGAAAGGGUGAGACAUUUUCGUUUCGAAAACUGCUGGGUGAGAUUUCAAGAGUGUGAAGCUAUUAUUCAGGACAGUUGGAGUAAUGGUCUUCUUAUGCACCAGAAUCAGUUGUGUGGUCAGGCACUUCAAGAUUGGGGCACUCAUGUUUAG